GUUCCACACAGAAAUUGUACGAUUAUUUCCAUCACAUUUGUUUUGAGUUUUGGAACCUAAUCAUAUAUAUAAUACACAGGUUUGAAAACAACUGCUUUUCUUUUUUUCAUACACGUACACAAGGGACGCGACGAAACCUUCACCAACUUCAAAAUGCAAUCCAUCUUGUCAAAAUACACAGAAAUUCGGCCACAAGUGGACUCUUCGUCAGAAGAUAAUCAUGAGCAUUUUAAAAAUCAAUUUGAUGUGAUGCCUAUUGAAGGAGCUUCGCUUUACUUGCGAAACCUUACUGAUGGAUCUCAAAGUAAACAUUGUCGCAUUAAUAUGAACCACGGUACUACGACAUUGGCGUUCCGUUAUAAGCAUGGAAUCGUUGUAUGUGUUGAUUCACGUGCUUCAGCGGGUCCUUUGGUCGCUUCCCAAACAGUGAAAAAGGUUAUUGAGAUCAAUCCUUAUCUCUUGGGUACUAUGGCAGGUGGUGCUGCUGAUUGUCAAUUCUGGGAAACGGUUCUAGGUAUGGAAUGUCGUUUGCAUCAGCUCCGCAAUCAUGAGCUUAUUUCUGUUUCUUCUGCUAGCAAAAUUCUAUCAAACAUUGUUUAUUCUUACAAGGGCUAUGGUCUCAGCAUGGGUACUAUGCUUGCUGGCACUGGAAAGGGCGGUACUGCCCUCUUCUAUAUUGACAGUGAUGGUACUCGACUUGAAGGCGACCUCUUUUCUGUAGGUUCCGGUUCAACAUUUGCCUAUGGUGUUCUGGAUGCUGGAUACCGUUGGGAUCUUUCCAAGGAAGAAGCUCUUUAUUUGGGAAAACGUUCUAUCCUUGCUGCUACUCAUCGUGAUGCUUACUCUGGUGGUACCAUUAAUUUGUAUCAUAUUGACGAAGAAGGUUGGAAGUUCCAUGGUAACUUCGACGUUGAUGAGCUUAUUUGGGAGACGAAAGCGAAGGAAGGGUCUUUUGCUCACAUUCCUACCCGUGAGUAGAAUUUUAUUUCAGCUUUAACAUGUAUUGAUUGUUGAAUCAUGAAAAAUUAGUCCUUGCUUGUGUCAGACCCGUCUUUUCAAACGAGACACUUUGUCUACUAUUGGCAAAGUAUGUUUGACUAAUGUAAUCGUUUUCGUCAACGAGCUUAGAUUAACGAUACUUUGUUAAGAUGUCAUUCUUUAGGGCUUAAUGAAGGAAUGGACUAUACGAAAACUGCAUACUGUAGAAAAUGAAAUGCGUCUAUGAUUUAUAACAGUAGAAAACUUUUUGUUGUUUAAGCCCUAACAAUUUACAUAUUAAGGAA